CCGAUCGGCACUCACGUCACGUUCACCCACGGCAUACACAUCGGCAUACCGAUCAUCGACAGUGUGACAAACCACCCCGUGUCGCGUGAAAAAGUGAGCGAAAGUGAUGAGCUACACGCUGCGCUGCCCGAGUCGUCUGUCCCCUUCCCCUUCAGUCGCAGCGGCUGAUUCAGCCGGGCACCGGCUGAACGUGCGCCAACAGGCGUCGGCCGCGGCAGCGUCUGCGUCUGCGGUGUCUGCGGUGGCCAAGGCGAUCGAUGUUCAAGACAGUGCCGUUUGUCAAGGACAUGGAGGCUGGUGAUGGAGGAGUUCCGUUUCCGGGCAGCCUUUUCCCAUCAGGCCACUCCACUUGGCGGGCCCGAUGAAAAGGGUUGAGGGCGACAGCGCCACGCAGCAGGGAUAUGAUAUUGGCUACAUCCAUCGGGGCCCGUGCCGUGUGUGGCGAACUCAAUCCUGACGCAACGGCCAUUCUGGUCACUCCAGCGCUCUCGUUGAUUUUGGAUACUCGAAUAUGUCCCAUGGUGCAGGUGGCUCUUCCCUUCCAUGAUCGUCGUGUCGCCUCGGCAUGCUCGCUGAAUCAGGCAGCUGGUCCAAACACACUUUACCUAAGUGCCCCCCGCGGAAUAGCUGCAAGAAAAAGCGACAACCUGCAUGCGUCAGGGUCAUCGAGGGCAGAGACAGCAUCAAGGACCCAAUCGUUACAUUUGUCAGUAGUUUGUUGCGAGGAUACCUGCGAGCGGGUCCGGCACUUUGUCAGGUCUGACCAUCUUAAGGGUCUGCGCCGUGAAGGACGAUAUCUGGUUGGUGCAACGACAAGUUGGCAAGUGUCACCCGUGUCGCUGUUUGAUUCUUCCUUACGUAUUUUAUGUCAUCAGAAGGUCCUGUGAGCCCCAGUACGUCGACAUAGCGGUAUAGUCGCCUGCAGUUGAGCUGAUGCAGCACGUAAUCAGCUGAACACGAAAUACUCACACGCCACCGCCGCGACAUACACCCUCGUGCAGUCCAGGCGCUCACCAAUAUACAUUUCGCCGGCCCAGUAGUCGAGAAUUGAACCUGGCAGGAUAGUACGACCAGAAUACUACAUGGUUGACGAACGCCCUGUAGUAAUGCGACCUAAUGCAGCCAUUUUCAAGUUGGUCUCGGGGUCUAUAGUCCUGUGAAAGCGGCACACGAAGGCUAUGGUGCUACCACUCGUGACUUCAUGACGUAAGGGUUCUGUCCUGCUUCACUUUUUGAGUGUGAUGCCUGGCGUGUCGAUGCAAUAGAUCCUGGGCUUGUUGGAGAUCUGAAAGAAACCUGACAUAAACGACAGCCAGCCCCGACAGGGUUUGCUACGCAUGCGCAUUACUUAUGUUUCUUCUGCCUUCGCCUACCAACGUCUUUUGUCACGCCCGGCAGAAUUCCCACAGCCGACUCGGUACGCCCUGGAGGCAAAACGAAACAGAGGGAUGACAGCUCUGGCAUGAUUUCCGGCCUGCAUGCUGUCAGCUUACGAACGUCCUUGACGAUCUGGUUGCCAGGCCUCCCAUACUUAGCGGCCUGAAAAAAAAAAACUCCUUACUCGCAUGCGCGUCGCUGUCCAUCUGUGUGCCUCACAGCGAAGGCAAGCCUCUUGAGAGAGUUGAUGACUGUCGAUUUGCCGGCAUUGGGCACCCCACACACCUGACUCACAGACAUGAGUAGAAUACACAACUGUGUGUGCCUAGGUGCAUGACUACCAUGACCCAUAUGCCGAUCGUCUUGUAGUCUGGCCGUAUGUGCUUCACGGCCCACUCGUGAACCUUGGCAGUGCCACGAUUGGUCGACGCACUCGUCAACACGCACUAGAGGGGGCGAGCAGGGGGAGACAGACAGCACACAGAAUGCAUCCAGCAUGGAAGGCGGGAUUUGAUCGAUCUACCGGAAAGCCAGCGUCCUCGAUGAUCUCCUGCGCCCUCUGCAAACACAUACAGUACGAGGGAAGCGACACCCGUGUUCGUCUUGGCCCUUACAUGAGCAAGUUUCUCGGAGACGAGAUCGACCUUGUUAAGCACAAUGAGCCUCUUGAUGUCCUUGGGGAUCUGCCUGGUGAACUGAUAGCUAGCACUCGUGAAGGGCGCCCUGGCGUCCCGCACCUCCACGACAAAGUCGAUGAACUUGAACCGCUUCUCCAUCUUGACCCUCGCAUUCGCCAUGUGACCCGGAUACCAGUGUAUCACCUUGUCGUACCUGAACUCUCCGCGCGGCACGAAUGCUGGAAAGCGGUGCAUGAUGCGAAUUUUUGCGCAAUGAAUCAAUCAUGCUUAGCUCGCAGUCCCCUCGUGCGUGUGCCUGCUCGUAUGUUGCCGUCGUUCGCAGCGCAUUGCAUAUCCAUCCACCUGUUCGCUGCCUCUGCCCUCCGCGUGCUGCUUGUU